GGACGCUGCACAUGCACAACAUUACAAUCAAUCAUACAACAACACCAUCAUUGUCAACAUCGCUCUUGAUUUGGCUCGGGUCAAUGUCUCUUGCGAUUCUCACUCUACUUGAAACUCUACAGUAGAACCUGAAAUGUUUGCUUCUGCAGUAAUAUCCACAACUUGAAUUCGGUACCGUUGGAAGUUUAAACCCCGUGUCGAGACGAAAGGUGGCCAAACUUCUUCUGCCCCCGCAAAUAUCUAGACUGCAAUAACUUUACAAUAACUACAACUCUUCAUCCAUCAUGUCUCAAGCUCCAGUAUCGACUGCCAAUAGCGGUAGCACACCUCAGUUCGCGUCAAACGGUGAACGAGUAGAUUCGGGAGGCUUCAAACUCAAAUUCUGCACUGUUUGUGCCAGUAACAAUAAUAGAUCCAUGGAAUCACACCUACGUCUCGCUGCUGCUCACUACCCUGUAAUAUCUUUUGGAACAGGUUCUUUAGUUAGAUUACCAGGACCUUCCAUAACACAACCUAAUGUCUACCAAUUCAACAAGACUUCAUAUGAUAGCAUGUAUAAAGAACUCGAAUCCAAAGAUCCGCGUCUCUAUCGCGCAAAUGGUAUCUUGAAUAUGCUUGGGCGGAAUAGAUCAGUAAAAUGGGGGCCGGAGAGAUGGCAAGAUUGGCAAGUCGGUGUUCCAAGACUACAACAUAGUACAGAUCAAGGUGCCGACGGAGUAGAAGGAGGUGUCGUUGACAUUGUUAUUACCUGUGAAGAAAGAUGCUGGGAUGCAGUCGUGGAUGACCUCCUCAAUCGUGGCUCCCCAUUAAAUCGUCCAGUGCAUGUCAUCAAUGUUGAUAUCAAAGAUAAUCAUGAAGAGGCUCUAGUCGGCGGCAGGGGAAUUCUUGACCUUGCCGAUUCCCUCAAUAAAGCUGCUGCCGAGGAAAGAGAACUCAAUCCUGCCGGGUUUGACAGUGGUAGUGCUCAUAGCAGGGCAGGCUUCGAUGAAAGAGUGCCGGAAAUAAUCGGAGAGUGGCAGGAAAGAUGGCCAAAUCUACCAGCAGUAUGGACAUUGGCAUGGUUUUGAACACUUGCAUCACGAUUUUCUUAUAGUGGCGUUGAGAUUACGAGGGUAUACCCAUUUCUUGUGGCGUUCAGGGCGGGGAAUUGACGUGGGUGAGCGUCUUCUUAGAAAGAAAGAUGGAGGAAUAAAAUACUUGAUAUUACUCGCAA